UUUUGUAUAUAAACAUUAUACUUUAUAACAUCUAAGAAAAUUGCUUAUAUUUCCAAAUCAUUAUAUCAAAAUAGUGAUUGUAUCUAACCUUACUAACAUCUGUAAUCAACAUAGCAUGACGCGACAAAAUAUAUUUUCGAAACUAGCGCUGGAAUCAAGCAAUGCCCUUGGCGGCACAUACAACAGUUUACUUUUGCAGGCGAAACGAUGGUAAAUAUUCUUCGUGAGCGAGCAUAUUGAUGUCUGGCACUGUGGACAUAGAUGCAGACUGUAUCAACACCUGGCUGCAGUCAACUAUCAAGUGGAAUGCCGGCCAAGAACUGCGCUCAUUUAGUAAAACAGAAACAGCCAACUUUCUGCACAGCCUGAGAGAAAAACUGAAGCAACUCUUCUCUAGGAAUGGCAGCCUCCUGGAUGUGCUGGAAAGUUGUCCCAAUGUUGGGCAGUUGCUGGGUAGAAUGUGUGGCAACAGCCUAAUACUGUCAGACAGACAGCUCUACAGGGCACUCAUCACCUGUGUGCUGCUCUUCAAUGUGGACAGUCCACAGAUGGCUCUAGAGGUCAAGGCUAAGCAGUGGGCACUGGCCCAGGUGAGGAGUACAGUGAGUUUCUCUGUGGGAGACAUGAAGUCCACAUUGAUGUCUUCAGUAGGCUUUAGACAGCAGGAACUGUGGGAGGAACUUCUGGCACAGGUACUCAAGGACGUCACCAAGCUUCUGACAGUGCCACUGAGAAAGUGGAGCUCAGAAAACAACUAUUUCCUUCCUGUCUCAGUUCCCGCCAGGCUGACAGGCCCCAUGCUGCACAGGGUGCUCAGUGUCACCAGUAGUAUGCCAGUGACUCCUGCACUGUCUGCCUUGGUUGGUGAGAUAGUGAAGUGGG